AUGGCGCAAUAUUACAGCACGUCCGCCUUGACGUCGCGGUUGAACACGAACACUGCGUUCACUGCCUCUCGUGCCCCAGUUCUAGAUGAGGAGGACCUGAACCAGUCCAUCUACAUUUUCCCAAAUCCCUCUAGCUUACAGGGUACGAGCAGGAGUCGAAGCCCGUCCGUGUCCCUGUCCGUUACUCCAUCAUCUCCUUUCACCCCGUCGUCUGCCUUCUCCGGCAUAAGCGAUUAUGACUGGUCAAGAAGUGCGGCCAGUCCGAGCAGGCAUGCGACCGCGAGUGAGAGUGGCGGCAGAGGGAGAGGUGUCAGCGUAACCACGGCUGCGGAUGAACUUCAAGUGGAAGCAUGGAAUUGGGAAGACGAAGAGUACUCCAGUCAGGAUCUGGAAGACGAAGUCGAUCGGCGGUCACGCUGGGACAUCCUAUCUAGAGGAGACUCUUCCCGCCGUCUGCGGACGGACAGCGAUGCUUCCCCGUCUAGCGUGUCGUUCACGAUAUCAUCCCUCUCGCCGUCAAUGCUUUCUAUGAAGUCUCCUAUUCGAAGUCGCGUGGAUUCCCUGCGACGUACCAGGAGUCGGAGUCAAGUUACUCGACGAUAUGAUACUGCAGCCCCGCAUCCCGCGAUUCGAAUACCUCUGUUCUCCUUCAUCUCCUCCUUCCUGUCCAUAGAUGAGUCUACGGUUCAUCUCAUUCGACAUACGCCUGGAACCUCUGUCUUGUUUCCCAGUUCACCUCACGACAACGCGUCUGAAGGAAGUACCUUGGACGAUCCUCCUCAGCAUGUUCAUGGACUGUCAAGGUUGUUCCCGUCCUCUUCCUCGGAAGAUGACCAUUCUAUCGCGCUGAAGAAAGGACUUGGCAUCAUGUACGAAAAGGAUGAGGAAGCGCGAAUAGAAGAGGAUGGAGACUGGAUUAUCUGGAGAUGGAUGAGGUGGGCCGUUGGGCAGUGAGCCUCCUGACAAACCUGUUACUGCACAUACCUAGAACCUGCGUUGAAGUUGCUCCGUAGUAGUGGACUGUGUACUGUGUACGAUGAUUGUUUUACUGUACAGCUUUUGUAUUAGCUUUCUAUUGUGGACCUUACUAGGGUGAAUAAAUACUGCCUUCCUCACAUUUACAUGUGGCAG